AUGUCGGCAUCCAUUGCCGCCAAGUCAAAGAAGUCUGUGGCUAAACCCGUCACAACGCCUAAGCCACCUGCGGUCGCCGCGAAACCUACUACGGUGCCGAGGCCCCCAUCGAUUGCCACGAGAUCCACUGCGGCGCCCAUGGCCGCUACGGCAUUAAGACCCGCUGUGGCCGCCGUGAAGCCAGCCACCGCUAAUAAAAAGAAACGGAGGCGUAGAGGCCGCAAACCGCUGGCUGCAGCUAGUAUAACAAAGGACGGAUACCAUUAUCUUUUUCUUAAAGGCACA